CUAUAAACACAAAUGGCAGCAGAAGAAGGCACGUGUCAUCUCCCAAUCCCCCUUUAUACAAUGGAGAGCCGCAAAAACUGCAAUUGCCAAAUGCCAAUCACAUGUUUCAUAUUUUUAUUGUGUUAUUAUUAUUACUAUUACCUCCAUUUCCUCCCCUUCACUUCCUCUCUCAUAUUUGGGUCUUGCUUUUUCUGCUCUUAAUCUUCACCCUUUCACCUUCAUUCUCCUUAAUGCUACAAAGCUCCAAACAAUUCCCAAGACCAUGUGUUUAUUGGUUCCAUGGAUUAUAUUCUACAAGCUGACAAUGGCUACCCUUUAUUCCUUUGUCACAUAGCAGCAUCAUGAUCUGCACCAUCGUUCAUGUUGUUGUUGGAUUGCACCUUAAGUGCUAGUUGGCCUCUUUUCUUGGAUCAAGUGCAUCAGACCCACGUUCUUUGGGGGAAAAAAAAAUAAAAAUAAAAAAACAGCUGUUUUUGUGCUGUGAAUCUUCUAAUAAUGCAUGUUCAUCCACUAUGGAGAUUGAAUGAAAAUGAAAUUUUUAAUCUUGUGAAUUGGGUAUAUAAAAAAUAAAGGAUUUUUUCUUGUCUUUUUUAUUGGUUGGUUUUUUGGGUUAUGGGACAAGGAUGGCACCAGGGCCUGGUUGCACAUCUCAGACGACUAUGUUGAGUGGUGGUGGCGGGUGUGUCGAUAACAGUACUAGUAAUGAGUCUGCCAUGGAGGAUCAAAAUGGUGACACAGUUGGGAAUUUGAUUCACAACAUUGGGAAGCCUCCAAGGGACCAUUCUGUUAUGAGACACUGCACCAGCUCUUCGUGGUUGAUUGAACCGGAAUCAGAUAUUAUGAUUGUAGGAUUGAAAACAACUAGUGAGGAAAAAUCAGAAUUUUCACCAAAAUUACGGUCUGGAAGUUGUUCUGAGAAAGGACCAAAGCAGUACAUGGAGGAUGAGUUCAUCUGUGUUGAUAUUCUCCGAGAACAUACUGGUCCAUCAGUGAGCCUUCCUUCUCCAGCAGCAUUUUAUGGGGUAUUUGAUGGGCAUGGUGGCAUUGAUGCAGCAUCAUUUACAAGAAAGAACAUCCUUAAGUUUAUAAUUGAAGAUUCUCAUUUCCCAUCUGGAAUCAAGAAAGCUGUAAAUAGUGCUUUUGUGAAGGCUGAUCAUGCAUUUAGGGAUGCUAGUUCUCUUGAUAGUUCUUCCGGCACCACCGCACUAAUCGCCAUUGUCCUGGGAAGGGACAUGCUAAUUGGGAAUGCAGGGGAUUCAAGAGCAGUUUUAGGGAAAAGAGGCAGAGCCAUUGAACUCUCCAAAGACCACAAACCAAAUUGCACAUCAGAAAGACUAAGAAUUGAGAAACUUGGUGGUGUGAUCUACGACGGAUACCUCAACGGCCAACUGUCAGUGGCUCGAGCCCUUGGAGACUGGCACAUCAAAGGCUCUAAAGGGUCCAAGAGUCCCCUGAGCUCAGAGCCAGAGCUAGAGGAGAUUGUGUUGACAGAAGAAGAUGAGUUCUUGAUAAUGGGGUGUGAUGGACUUUGGGAUGUGAUGAGUAGCCAGUGUGCUGUGACAAUGGUUAGGAGGGAGCUGAUGCAGCACAAUGAUCCAACAGAAUGUGCGAAAGCGCUUGUCGCGGAGGCAAUCCAACGCAACACUUGUGACAAUCUAACAGUUGUGGUGGUUUGUUUCUCUUUGGAUCCUCCUCCAAAGAUUGAGAUUCCUAGAGCUCAUAGGAGAAGGAGCAUUUCAGCUGAAGGCCUUGAUCUUCUCAAGGGUGUCUUGAAUGGUAGAUAGAUAGAUUCAUUUAUCAUCUAACUGCUCUUCUUCAAUUCUUGAGGCUUGCUUCUUCAUUUGUUAUUAGUUUCAGAACAUUUUAGUCUUAUUCUUUGUUAAUUUUAUCAGUGAUAGCUCAUUCUUUGUUUCAUUCUCCUCACACUUUGAUCUCCUUUGAUGCUUCUUUAUAUAUUUUUGUAUUCUGUAAAUAGAAAAUUGAGAUUAAGAAUAGACAUGGAAAGAUGUUUAAAUACUCUGCAAUCUUAUAUUAUUAGGUCUUCAGUUGUUUU